AGUCUGAGCGGCAAGUAAUUCCCAACUUUAAAAAACCCCAAAAAAAGCACCAUGUCAGCUAAAGAAAUGUCGUACGUGGCAAGGAAAUCUAUAUUAUUCUACACAUCAAAUUGUUCUCUGCUGUUUAAGCCACUCAAAUCUGUCAAACAUUCAUCUCUGUAAAACAACUGUACAAGGAAAAGGAAAUGUCCGUGUUUUUAAUGAGGCCGAUGCCAUUAACUUGGCAAAGGUUGAAGCCCAUCACAGAAGUUUCUUCUAAUUGGCGGACAAAUGAUUUUUGCGCACCGCCAUUUGAUUAUUCUACCUGCAAAACUCCGCUUACAUUGUCUUACCCGCGUUUAGGGUUUCAUCCUCAGGCAAUCUGGAAAGUUCCAAAUUAUCGUGGAGGAAGAGACAUUUUUGGUGAGAGAAAAGCAGGCGCCUCUGGGUAUGAAGAGGAUUAUGAUUCUGAUACAGAGGAUGAAGAUAGGAGCCUUGAUUUGUUUGUCAGAUUUGUUCACACUAUAUUCAAAAAGGUAUCUAGGAGAGCAAGAAAAGCAGCCAAAUCAAUAUUGCCACCUACAAUAUCACCACAAUUGCAGGUGGGAUUUUCUGUAAAUGGUGUACUAAUUUUGGCUUCGCUCUGGAUUCUUAAGGCAUUUCUUCAGAAAAUUUCCCAGGUGGUGUGCACGCUUGGAAGUGUGGUGUUUGUUUCAAUUUUACUUCUGCGGGGAAUUUGGUCUGCAGCAACGUACAUCAAAAUAAAUGGAAAUAGAAGUUUACGUGGUCCAGAUGAUGAUAAUUCAUGGAGUGGGGCACAACCUGUAACUUAAUUAUUACAGGAUGCUUUCCAGCCUUGCAUGAAAAGCAUCUCUCUUUCUCUUGAUUUUUGAAUACCAACAGGUAUAACAAAUUUAUUGGUUUGCUGCUUCUGAGCAACGGAAGAAUUGCAAACAGGUAGAGAGCAACUGGCAUAUCUUAAUACAAUUUUAGAUGGCAUGAUUGCUAUUGUUCCAUCUAUUUUGUCAAAGGAAAGAAUGGGAAAAGUAAACAGAGACGAAGGAACAUUAAUAAUGGAAAGAAGAUAGCAGAUGAUACCUCUGCUUCACAACCCCCUAUUUAUGGGGAAGUAUCGGCAGGGUGUACCACUGUUUGUAAUAAUGAAUGCUCGAUUUUCAUUUCUUACUUUCCCAGAAGGCAUCUGAAAUAAAGAAAUAUUUAAGGCUGGCAA